AUGCCGGGUUCCCCGGGGUCUGGGGCUAACUCUGCCCCCCCAUGUCCCGCCACGGCGGCGAGAGCUGCCUGGCAACUUUGCAGGAGUUUCCCGGCGCCCAGGCCAGGGCGGGGAAAGGACACCGGGUCCCCGGGGAUGGCGCGCCUCGGGACGCGUACCCACGUGGGGAUUCCGAGAUGGGGACCCCUGGGAGUCGCGGGCCCCAGCACGCCGCCCGCAGGGCCCCCGAGGCCCCCGCGCUUUGAACUUCUUCCAAGGGGCCUCCGGAGGCCGGGGGAAGAGAAACCCAGGAUCCGCGCCCGGAGCCAGGCCACGGGCCCUGCCCCCGCCGGCCGCGACCCCGGACAGGCUGCCUCCGGGCCGGCGGCCUCUCGGCCUCCUCGCGCCGGCCCGCUCCGCCGACCCCCGGAGCCCCGCGCCGCCCGGCCGCUCCCGCCUCCCGCCGGCAGGGGCCCUCGCCGAGCCGCCCAAAAAGCCUAA